AUGUCAGUAACUCAGCCAGACCCUUUGUCACUGGCCAACGUGAGUGUGACCCGUGGACCAGGCCCCCGGGGGCUGCGCGUGGGCUGGACGGAGUCGGGCGGGGCGAGAGACCACUGGGUGCUGCUCUACGCGGGGGACUCUCCGUCCAUCAUCAGGAACGUGUCCGUGCAGCGGGGCGCUGCGCAUCUCGACCUGGACGGCCUGGAGCCGGGGGCGCCGUACCGGGCGGAGGUCGUCUCGCAGGCCGGGCCCCACCGCAGCUCCUCCCAGGCAGUCCUCGGCUACACAGCCCCGCUGCCGCCGCUGGCACCUGCAGCGCUGGCUGUGGGCAGGGCGGCCCCUGCCGGACAGCGAGACGCCUACCUGCUCCGCGUGCAGGAGGAGGGCUCCCUGGCAGCCGGGAGACAGGUGACCGUGGGGCAGGACAGCACCAACGUCUCCCUGGCAGGGCUGGCCCCGGGGACUUGCUACCACGUGGGGAUCUCGGCACUCGCUGGACCCUACAGCUCGGAGCCCCAGAACGCCAGCGGCUGUACGGUCCCGGCAGCUCCUGCCAACGUGAGCCUCAGCAACUUGGACAGCUCCUCGAUGCUGCGUGCCGCCUGGGACGAGCCCCCGGGGUGCAGGGACCACUACCGGGUUAUUCUGCACAGCCUCACGCCCCCAGGCACGGAGACAGCCCAGUCGCUGGGGCCCGACAUCCAGGGCAUCACCUGGACUCGCUUGGCAGCCGGCAGCCGAUUCACUGUUCAGGUCACCGCCAUGAAAGGGCCCUACGAAUCCUCCUCCGUCAACGUCACCCAGUGGACGUACCCCCUGGCGCCUGCCAACCUCACCUUGGCCAGCCCCUCUGCCUCCGCCCUGCAGGCCUCGUGGGCAGCAGCGGAGGGGGGAGGAGAGGGCCACGCCGUGGAUCUGUACAGCGCCUCCUCCGGCGCACACCUCCGCCACGUCUGGCUCCCCUGGGGCGCUAGGAACCACACCUUCCGGAGCCUGGCCCCGGGCACCCGCUACCGCGUGGGCGUGAGCACCACCGCCGGGCCGUACCACGCCAGCACCCCCAACCUCACCCACUGGACACGCCCUCUGGCCCCUCUGGCCGUACGUCUGUCAAACCGGGGGCACCCCGACAGGCUGAGCGCGGCCUGGGAAGCAGCCGCCGGGGGCCGGGAGGGCUACGCGCUGAGCCUGUCCCAGGCGGGAUCGGGCGCUGUGGCAGCCAGGGCCGUGGCAAGGCAGGAUGCCCACGGUUUCACCUUCACCGCGCUGACGGCCGGGUCCCUGCACACGCUGGAGGUCGUCUCCGUCGCUGGGCCCUACCGGGCAGCAGGCACCACCGCCCGCGGCUGGACCCACCCCCUGCCACCCCUGAACGUGUCCCUGAGGAAUGAGGGGCGCCCCGACCGGCUGAGUGCAUCCUGGGGAGCCGCGGCGGGGGGCCGGGAUGGCUACACGCUGACGCUGUGCCACGCCGGAUCGGGCGCUGUGGCGGCGAGGGCCUCUCUGGGGAAAGACGCCCACAAUUUCACCUUUGCGGACCUGGCCCCGGGAAGCCGGUACCUGCUGCAGGCGGGCCCCCCCGGCGGGGCCCCCGCGAGGAGGCCAGGAGAUGUGACUGUGGGGCCCAAGAAGCGUGCCUGGGCCUUAAGCUCCUAA